AAGAAGAAGAGAUCAUCGUCCGCGGACUCAGACGAUUCGUUGCUAGCCCCCAAGAAGGCGAAGCCGACCAAGUCCAAGAAAGUUCCUGUCAAAAAUAAGAAGACAUUCAUGAAACCGAAGAAGCUCCCGGUGCCCAAGGAGGGAACCGCUCAGGAGAAAGCAGUCGCCGGAUUCUCCCUAUUCGAGAUGAGCCUCCUGAGGUUGGCGAAGCGCAUGGAUGAGGGUAAGGACGGUGAAGAAGAUGUCGAUGGAGAAGCUGAAGAGAACGCCGAAGGUGAGCGAAAAGAAGGCGACGAAGAAGCGACCGAAGUCAAACCAGAAGCCGCUAAGACGGAUCUCAUCCUGUCGAUGCUCAAGGAGCACGAGCCAGCGGAGGAGAUGUCCGACGGGAGCUCCGAAGACGAGAAGGACGCACCGGCGAAAAGCGAAAAAAAAACCCAUCAUGGUAAAGCUUCGAGUGAAACGAAAGCCGAACAACCAGAGACGAAGGUUGAACGGCGGUCGGGUAGGAGGAAGAAACCGGAAGUGAAACCCGAGAAGGUCGAGGUCAAGACUGAGAAAACUGAACCCAAGGUCGAGGAACCCGUUAAGAAGUCCGCCGCGAGGAAAGGAAAAGCCAAGAUAGAGGAAACACUCAAAAUCGAGAAAGUCGAGGAAUCUUCCGAUUCGGAAGAGGAAAAUUGGGAGGUGGUGGAGAAUGCCGCGGUCCGAGAUCCGAAUUAUAAGCGGCCCGACAACGUAACUGUCGUUCUUCAGGCUGAAGAUUUCGUCUCGGAUGGUAAGAAAGGCUUGACAAUGGAACAGCGGAUGGUUCGUCUGAUCAAUCGUCGACGCCGGAGCGCCGCCCUUUACUCCCAUAGAGUGCAUCUUCUGAGUCUGAUGGCAUACCACCGAUGGCUGAACUCGAUUGUGGAGAACGACUUCGUUAGAGCGUUCGCGAUUUCGAGGCUGCCCGCCACCCUUGCGAUGCCCGGCAAGACACGGAGCGAGGCGAAUAUCAUACCACGACUCCUCGCCUUUUAUAAGGCGAAGUUCUCGAUAAAGCCAUCUUCUGAGGGCUUCGCGCCUAGGAAGCUCAAGAGCAAGCUCUUGAAGCUUUUCGCGCAUCAGAAAACAGACUGUAACAUCACGUAUCUCUUCGGUCUCGUCACCCUGUUCAGAAUCAAUGGACUUCGCUCGAGGAUUUGUCUCUCCUAUCGUCUGAUGCCACACAGAGCGCCGCAGCUGCGGAUCAAGGACGGAGAAUUGUACGAGGUGGGCUCUAAAACGAGAGCUCUCAGCACGGAGACCGGGAUCGAGGACUAUUUUGUUGAAGUCUACGUCCCGAGCAAGAAACGGUGGCGUCCCAUCGAUAUCGAGAGCCAUGAAGUCUUCGAAAGUUUCCAAGACCUCUCGCCCCAUCUCGAAGAGCCGAUAUCUCACCUGAUCGGCGCGGACGGGGACGGUCACAUGGUUGACCUUAGUCCGAAAUACAAUGCGGAUUGGCUGAACAAGAAGAACACCCUCCGUGUGGAUCCGAAAUUCUUCGAAGAGGCUCUUGCGCGCUACGCUCCUAACGAGGAAGAUCAAAUCGAUGAACAGGAGGAAGUGGCAAAGAAGCACGAUCAAGAAAAGUUCCCGACGACGUUUUCGGAGUACAGAAAGCACCCGAAGUACGCUCUGAAACGGCACAUGCUCAAACACGAAACUUUCUACCCUCCAGAUCCGCCGAUAUUAGGCGAGUUCAGGGGCGAAGCCAUUUACCCUCGAGAGGCCGUGAAACCUCUUCGAUCCCGAGAUCAGUGGUAUCGGAACGCUCGGACUGUGAAGGACGGUGAGGUACCGUACGGCGAGAUGAAGGCGAAGCCCAAAUUUGACCGGAAGAAGAACAAAUGGGUCACCGGCCUCAUGAUGGACGUUUUCGGUGAAUGGCAAACCGGGCCUUUCAAACCACCGGUCGCGGUCGAUGGGAAGAUCCCCCGCAACAACUACGGUAAUGUUGAUUUGUUCCAUCCGGACAUGCUACCGAUAGGCACAGUUUACCUGGAGCUGCCAGGUUUGAACAAGGUCGCCGCCGAUCUCGAGUUGGAUUGCGCUCCGUGCGUUGUUGGUUUCCAAGGUAUCGGGAGAGCUUUCCACGCGCUCUACAGAGGGUAUUGUGUUUGCGCCGAAGACAAAGAGACGCUGGAGAAGGCUUGGCAGGAACGUCAACACGAGGAUCGGCACACUCGACGAGAGAGAAUACGAACCAGGGCUAUAAAGAACUGGAAGAUGAUGAUCAAGAAAGUGAUAUGGGACAUGCGGCUCAAGAAGAAGUACAAGGACAAUCUCGAUCAGGAAAAGAAGGUGAAAGACUCCGAAGACAUCGAGAACGGGAGGCCUCUAGCGAUUGGAGCCGAGAAGAAUCGUACGGAGCCGGCUCGCUCAGUGAAAAUGAAGUGCACCAGCGAUAGUGGAGUGGAUCUGUGCCCAGACGAGGAGCCACGGAAGACCCCAGCCAAACGUGCCCCAUUGAAAAGAAAACAGCAGCAACCUCAGCAAGCGCAAGAUUCGGAAGAGACUGAAACCAAGAAGAGGAGAGUGUCCAGGAAACCGACAGUGUCACAACCCGAUCAGCCUGCAGUGACCGAGAAGAAUGAGCAGAGGGCUCCGCGACGUAGCGGGAAGGCCUCCGCGAUGAAGUCAGAUGGGGAAAGUCUCCCGCAGAAUAGGAGCCGGAGCGAGAAGCCUUCUUGGACGAACGCACUGAAGAAGGUCGCAUCCGGGACAGACGUCGUAGACUCGCAGAAACGUGGUGGGAAAAAAACUGGCGCGGCGACGGAAGCCGGCAGCCAGAUAAAAUCUCCGAAACGGGAGAGCGGGAAGGAGAGAACCUCAAAGAAGAACGAAGAAAUCGAGGAGAACGCGAGCCUUAGUGCGAGACCAAAAAGAGCGUCGAGAGCUCCGCUAACGAUUGUGAAAACGGUAAUUCCUAAAGGAGACUCCGACGAAGAAUCCGAUGAGGAAUCCGAAGAAGACCUUUCAGAUAACGACGACGAGGAUUUUCUGCCUCCCGAAGCAGAGAGAGAAUCCGACGAUGGGGGAAUCACGGAAGCCGCUCCCAGUCAUCCUCCAUCUACCGGGGGGUCUUCCAAAGGUCCCAGGAGGGGCGUGAAGAGCGGGAAACCCUCGAAGCAGAUCGGCGAGUCCAGGCGUGUCAAAGACGAAAUUCCCAUCAAAGCUCCAAGAGAGUCCUCUUCGAUGUCGAAGACCAGCAUCCCCUCAAGCAAAGAAUUCGCCUUCAGGAGCCGGCGAGGUGAGCCGAGGGAAGCUCUGAGCAUCAAAUCAAAGCUAAAGGCAAAGCGAUCCCUGUCGUCGUCUGAUGAGUCGGAUGUCGCUCCGAAAACGACCAAGCCGACGAAGAAGAUGAAAUCGAAUAACAGUUCCCUCCCGAGAAAAACCUUCAUGAAGCCCCGUAAGGCCCCGAAACCGAAAUCAAAUGAGAAGAAGGACCCUAUCGUAUCCUCGCGCUACGAAAUGAGACUUCUAGAGUUGGCAAAGCAGAUGGACGACAACGAUGACAGCGAGGAGGAGUCUCAGGACGAUUCACCGACGGCAGUACCAAUCAAGGAAGAAGACGAGCCUGUUGGUGCCUCGGACCAGCACCCCGAAAAUGAAGGUGACAAGAAGCUUCUCAUCAUGUCCAUGCUCAAAGAACACGAAGAAGUGGACGAGAUGUCGGACGACAGCUCUGAUGACGACGUCAAGGCCGAAAUAAGUUCAUCGGUCAAGGUCGAACCGGGUGAAAAUUUCGACAAAGACCUUACGUCCUCCAUUAAAUCCGAGAAGAGAGCGAAAAAUGCCAAGGCCGAGAAAUCGAAAGUCGACAAGCCGAAGAGAGCAGAGGCAAAGAUCAAGAAGGAGAAGGUAAAGAAGAAGAGCACAAAGAAGAAAGAAGUCAAAGAAGAGUCCGGAGAAGAGAACUCAUCUGGAUCCGAAGAAGAAGACUGGGAGGUUGUGGGAGAGAGAGAUCCGAACUAUCAGCGCCCCGAGAACGUGACCGUGGUUCUUCAGAAUGAAGAUUUCCUCCCGGAAACGAAGCGUCUCAGCAUGGAGCAGAGGAUGAUCAGACUCAUAAAUCGUAAACGUAAAACAACGUAUCUGCUUGCUCACAGAGUGCACUUGUUGGCUCUCCUUGGUCACCAACGGAUACUCAACUCCAUCCUGAACGACGAAUUCGUGAGAGCCUACGGCUUGUCACGAGUGCCUCCAACUAUUGCCAUUCCUGGAAAACGCCAGAAAGAUUCUCAAGUUGUCAAGCAAAUUUUAUUAUUCUACAAAUCGUCUUUCGAGCUGAAAGAAUCUGACAAGGUUUUCAAUCCCAAAAUGCUCAAGGCCAAUCUCACGAAAUUCUUGAUGAAGAAAAUCACGUCGUGCAACAUCGUUUACCUGUUCGGAUUAUUGGUCCUGCUUCGAGCGAGCGAGAUCCGAACGAGACUCUGCCUCUCGUACCACUUACUGCCCCACAAAGCCCCCCUGCUGAGGAUCAAAGACGGAGGAAUCGUGGAGCUCGGAUCCAAAUCGAAGACAUCCGACACAGAUUACGGUAUCGCCGACUACUUCAUCGAGGUCUAUCUUUCGGACAAGAAACGCUGGCGACCGAUCGACAUCGAUGACUUCAGUGUAAUGGAAGAUCCACAUGAGCUAACACCCCACCUGGAACAGCCGGUUGCUUCUCUGAUCGGGAUCGAUAACCAGGGUUGUAUGUUGGAUUUGAGUCCCAAAUACAACGCCGAUUGGCUCAACAAAAUCAAGUCCUUGAGGAGUGACGCGAAAUUCUUCGACGAGGUUUUGGCUCGAUACGCGCCCAAAGAAGCAGAGCAAGUCGAGGAACAGCAGGAGGUUGCGGAUCUGCACGAGCAACACGGAAUACCUAAAAUAAUCUCGCAAUUCAAAAAUCAUCCCAAGUACGCUCUGACGCGGCAUUUGCUCAAGUUCGAAGCUUUUUAUCCGAGGGAACCGCCCGUGCUCGGAUACGUGAGGAACGAGCCGGUUUAUCCGAGAGAGUGCGUGCACACUCUCCGCUCGAAGGACACCUGGCACAGGUCUGCACGGCAGGUAAAAGAAGGCGAAGAACCGUACAGUGUGGUCAAGGCCAGGCCGAAGUGGAACAAGCAGACCGAGAGUUUCAUGAGGGAUCUGCCGCUCGAAGUUUACGGCGAAUGGCAAACUGAGCCCUUCAAGCCUCCCGUGGCUGAGAAUGGAGUUGUGCCGCGAAACAAGUUCGGAAAUGUGGAACUUUUCCAUCCGGACAUGCUGCCAAUAGGUACCGUUCACCUUAAACUGCCAGGCCUCCCACGGAUCGCGGCUGAGUUGGAGGUUGACUGCGUCCCGGCCGUGAUCGGUUUUGACGGUGUAGGGAGAGGCUGUCAUCCAGUUCUCGAAGGAUUUGUGGUCUGUGUCGAGAACCAAGAACUCCUGGAGGAGGCAUGGAAUGAGCGGCAGCGCGAGGACCGCCAUAAGAGGCGAGAGAGGAUCCAGAAGCGCGCUCAGAAGAACUGGAGGAAAUUGAUCAAAAAGGUCAUCUGGGACAUACGCAUGAAGAAGAAAUACAAGAACAAACUCGAUCAGGAGUGAGGACAAAGACCCUCAUCGCUUUCGCAUGUAUUGGUAAAUAUCGAUGAGGGGAAGACUCGAGGCUUUUGUUUUUCGCGGCCGGUGAGUCCAGGAACCUCCUCUAUGCUUCAACUGCACCCAUGACGUUCAGCGGGUUUUUGAGAUUCCCCAGUUAUAAGGGCCGCAUUCCGCGCGCUGUGAUAUUUGACUUGUUCGACAGACCGAACUCGCUUGGCAGGACUCGUUCCUAAAAUCUCCUAAAUAUUUAAAUCCAUUGCCUAGACGUGUUCAUCUAUUCCAUUCACUGUUCUCAAUAAAAUAAAAUUUUGA